CGAAUUGCUGGCCGCAAUCACACACUAUUGGAUCAAGCAGAAAUCGCUCAGUUCUGCCUCCAGGACAAGACUCAUCCCAAUAAUCGUCAACCUGAUUUAAAGUGUCGCAGGCAGGGCUGGUCUGUGGUGGAGGCUUUCCAGUUAUCAAAUUAGAGUCGGUGAGCUGGGAUAGGCUGGGAGUUUGGUUCAGAGAAGUUCGGACAUAGCCUACUGCGGGACGGGGCAAGAAGAGUAGCGACUGAAUGUGGGACAGGAAAUCUGACGUGGACCAUCUACGAGAAAUAAUCGCAUUUGUUGCAUCCAGCAAUCAAGGAUCUCACCCGCGUGAAUGACAAAGGUUGGGUGGGUAAACUUUGUCAUUCGGGUCUGAUCGUUCUAAAACCGGGCUGUUGUUUUUAGUGGAAGCGCUGAAAGAGAACAUCAUGCCAAGGCGGACCGUGCACGAAGUAACAGUUCAAGAUGUUCAGAAGAGGAGAAAUCCGAACAAACACUAUGUUUACAUCAUCAAAGUGUCCUGGUCUGAUGGCAGCACUGAGGUCAUCUUCAGGCGCUACAGCAAGUUCUUCGACCUGCAGAUGGAGCUUCUGGAUAAGUUCCCUGUGGAAGGAGGGCAGAAAGACCCCAAGCGCAGAAUCAUCCCUUUUCUACCAGGGAAGAUCCUAUUCAGGAGAAGCCAUAUCAGGGAUGUGGCCAUGAAGCGCCUGAGGCCUAUCAACGAGUACUGCAGGGCUCUGAUUCAGCUGCCCGUGUACGUAUCCCAGUGUGAGGAGGUUCGUGUAUUCUUCGAGACUCGUCCUGAAGACCUCAACCCGCCUAAAGAGGAACCCAUUGGAAAGAAGAAGCCAGGGAUUGUGGAGAGAGCGACUACUUUCCUAAAGAGAGGAGACUCCACCUCAGCUGACCCUCUGCUCCUAGACCAGUAUGUGGCCGUCACUGACUAUGAGAAACAGGAGAGCUCUGAGAUCAGCCUGCACGUGGGACAGACGGUGGAGGUCAUCGAGAAGAAUGAGUCUGGUUGGUGGUUUGUUAGUUCAGACGAGGCCCAAGGCUGGGUCCCUGCCACCUGCCUGGAGGCCCAGGAUGACCCUGACGACUUCUCCCUUCCCGGCGAGGAAGUGUCCCGGAGAUACUGGUCACUGCCGAGCCUUGUGGGCCGCCGGCGAACGUUAGGGGAUCUGUUCAGCACAGGCUUUGGGCAAGAGGAGAAGUACACAGUGAUCUACCCAUAUGCAGCGCGAGACCAAGAUGAGAUCGACCUAGAAAGUGGCAUGACGGUGGAGGUCAUGCAGAAGAACCUUGAGGGCUGGUGGAAGAUCAGGUACCAGGGACAGGAGGGCUGGGCCCCGGCGUCCUACUUGAAGAAGGCCGACAUCCUGAGCCAGAAGCUGGUGGCAGGGGCAGCGGGCCACUCCAGCACUAACGACCUGGACGGAUUCUCUAAGCAGCAGAGUCAACAGAACCAAGCCAAGGAGAACCGAGGAGACAACAAGGAUCAGAAAGACAAGGGCUUCUCCCCCUUUGCCAAGCAGCACAAACAAGGGGCUAGACAGAGACCUCCUCCACGCAGGGAUCUCACCAUCCCGAGGGGGCAGAACCUGCCCAAGCCACCCACCCCUCCCCAGGUGGAGGAGGAAUUCUAUACCAUUGCAGACUUCCAGACCACCAUCCCCGAUGGCAUCAGCUUCCAGGCUGGGGUCAAAGUGGAGGUGAUAGAGAAGAACUCCAGCGGCUGGUGGUACAUUCAGAUUGAAGAGAAAGAGGGCUGGGCCCCUAUCACCUUCAUCGACAAAUACAAGAAGACCAGCUUGACCCCGCGCCCCAACUUUCUUGUACCUCUGCCCAACGACUUGGUCCAGCUGAAGCUGGAGGAUGGCACUGCUGGCGGUGCGGGGCAAGAGGACAGCUGGUCCAAACCGCUGCCAGACGAACCCACGGCGGGGAGCGAGUCUGUAGCCCGGCCCAAACUCAGGGACUGGAAGUCCAGCGCCAGUAAGGCGGCGUCUGCUUUUUCCGGUCCCCUGCCCCCAGCCCCGUCUGCCCCACUGACUGAGGAGAAGCCAGCCCUGCCACCCCGCAGGGAGUCCAUCAACAAGAGCACGGACAUUGAGAUUACUGUGGAGAAACCCAGGCCAGACCUAUCCAAACCCUUGCCUUUGAAAACCCCUGCCCCGGGGGUCAUCAUGCCCCUGCUCACCCCCAAAGCUGCCCCCUUCAAGCCAGACAAGCCCCCUGAGCCCAAAAGAGAGGUCACGAACAAACCUCUGCAUUUGAAGAAUGAGAUGGGUUUGGAGUGUGGCCACAAGGUCUCCGCCAAGGAGGUGAAGAAGUUCAACCUGAAACCUGUGGCUAAGCAACCACCCAAGCCCAUUCCUGAUGCACCGGAGGAGAAACCAGAGACCAUCGGCCCUGCACUGUUCAUGAAGCCUAAACCCAUAGUCCGGCCCAAACCCGUCCCAGCUGCCAAGCCAGAACCGCCAGCUGAGAACAAGCUGGAUAUCACCAACCUGAGGAGCAAGCUGAAGCCUUCAAAGCCAGCUGAACCAGGCUCUGGAUCAGCAGAGCCAAGCCAGCAAAACGGCGCUGCUCCAAACAACGGCCCUAGCAACGCUCUCCCCAAGAUGCCGCCGCCCAACCUCCCCCCUAAUAAUGCUUUACCCAAGAUGCCUCCUGGUAAUGUACCCCCCAAGAUGCCCCCUCCUAAUAAUGUUCUCCAAAACAUGCCGCGUACCAACAGCCCCCCUCUCAAUGCACUCCCCAAGAUGCCCCCGCCCCCAAUGCUCUCAAUGGCAAGGCCAGCGACGAGCCCAAGUUCCCCCCAAGCAGCAAAACGGCCACGGACAAGUGAGCCAGGAUGUCCCCAAACCCGCCGUUCCCCCCAAAGAACCUCCAGGGAGGCCAGCCGUCCUCCCUAGGCGACCCCCUCCACCCAAAAAGACCUUAGAGCCAUCCAGCCCCACAGACACCAAAGCUCCCCUGAAAGAGCUCCCAGACACCAAGCCUGCUCCCCCCCAGCUCAGCAGACCACCUCCCCCUAAACCCAAGGCCUUCAUGCUGCCCCCGCCUAAAGACAAGGACAAGGGGGAGCCCAAGGCGAAAGUGCCUGUGGCCCCAAAGCCCCUGGUUAAGAUUGAGAAACCAGGCCCUCCGAGGACAAGCUGCCUCCUCUGAUCAAGGAUCCCAGUAAAGAGGAGCUGUUCUUGGCCGUGGCGGACUUUGAGGGCGACGAUCAGAUGGGUGGCUUCAAGGAGGGCACCGUGUUCGAGGUGAUGGAGCGGAACAGCAGCGGCUGGUGGUUUUGUAAAAAUCUAGGAGAAGGGCCAAUGAAAGAGGGCUGGAUCCCCUCCAAUUACCUGACCAAGAAACCCUAGGUAACAGGUUCUGUUGGCCUUUUUAAUAAAAAUAUUACUAAUUGUAUUUAAUUAGCUUUUUAUUUAUAGGUACCUUUUUGAUUGAGAUUUGUUACUUUGUUAAAUUCCAUUUGUUGUGCAAGAAUGAACCAGCAAUGUUUGUCUUUUUGCAUAUUGUUUAGUUAUUCUUUUGUACUUUUUAUCCUCGUUACAAAUUACUAAGCAUAAAAUCCGUAACAAGCAAAUGUUACUCAACAAGCCUAUAAUGCAAUUUUAUGAUACAGUAAUGUUAACACAAGCUUUGUAAUAGAACAGGUGAAUGUCUUUCCAAGCCUUCUAUAAUAUUGUGCCUCAGUAUAGUGCUUUAAGCUUAAAUAUAUGCAAUUUAGCUUGUUAGUUUCUCAGUAUAUCAAAAGAUGCUUAAGUCUAAUGAGUGGAGUCGUAACUGACAGUGCAAUGCAUUUGGAAAAUAAAUCAGACCAUACAGAGGAACCAGGGUCCGUAUCCACAAAGCAUCUCAGACUAGGAGUGCUGAUUUAAGAUCGGUUUUGCCUUUUAGAUCAUAAUGAAUAAGAUUACAUGGAUAGGGGGUACCUGAUUCUAGAUCAACACUCCUACUCUGAGAAUCUUUGUGAAUACUGGCUGAGAUAAUCACAAGACAAACAGCCAAAACCAGCCGGCCAUGGAUACUCAAGAUUCCUCAAAGAACACCCCCUCCUCCACUAAGGCUGCAAUGAAGAGUUCGAGAGAACAUUUUGGCUUUCAAGUACUAAAAUAUUAACACUUCAAGCAACGUUUUUGACGAGUGCUAAUACUAAACAUUUAUACAGAUCUUUUCAGGUUUGUGAACACGUUUCUGUCUUUCGGUAACUGAGUAAUACUGAUGCGGCUGAUUUGUAACAGAUGUGCACUUUCCAGAUUAUUCAGCCGUUCAGACAGUUCAGGUUUGCAAUCUGGAUGACCGAACCUGUCUUUCAACUCACUCUUGAACGUUGUAAUAGAAUGCACAAAGUGCAAUUUUAAAAUUAGGCAGUGCAUCAGUUUUCCUUGUCAGUCAUUGCAUACCUUAGAGGUAUUUAUAAUUUCUCAGAAAUGUCCAGUGAAAAGCUUGGGAACCCCUGGCUUAAUAGACCGAUGGAGAGGAAGUAUAGAAUGUACAAUUGAAAGCAAGACUUUGGGAGCUGCAUUGUAUACCAGGGUUGGAGUCCAACUCAGUUCAGGAAGGACUGAAUUGAAAUGAAAAUGGACCCUUUCCCUGGUGUUCACAGUACAAUAGGUGGAAACCACCCUAUUGAUUUCAUAAACUGUAGGUCUACCAUUAUCAAUACAACCCCUAAAUAUGAGACUUGACCUGCGAUUGAUGCAAUAAUAAUAAUAAAUAUAAACAGUGUUACUGGAUCACAAAAAAAGGUGCUCAAAUAUAAAAGUGUGAUAAUUAUUUUAAAAAACAUUUACAUUGUGCUUGAAACCAGUCAAACACUAGACUUAGCAAAAGUUAAUUUUAUCGUACUUCCAGAAUGAAGUAAUGUCAGCUGUCGUUUACUUUUCACCCUUUGCCAGGUCUGGUUUGCCAUAGUUGGAACUUAAUCGUGCAUUGUUCCUACAGCCGAAGUAGUAACAUGUGUUUCCCAAAACACCACGCAGAGAGAUCAUUCAGCAAGUGCGUCGUUGGAACAUGUCCACACUAUUAGGUUCGAAAGAAAGAUAGCGGAUCCUAGAGAAGCGCUUUCUCCAUUUGACCUUUAAAAUAAUUGUCACAGUACUGGACUACAGAUCAGCUCCUAGAGAGAUAUGGCCUAUGGCUGCAAUUAUCGAGGUGGCCUAUUAUAAUGGUUACCCGUUAAUGCAUUACACCACAGAUUUGGCACAUCAUUGCAUUAAAUGUUCCUACACAUUACAUCGAGGGAAAUAGCAGACAGUAGCCUACAAUUAGAUAAAUAGAACAUGAUAUUGAUUUAAUCAUGAUCGAAAUUCAUAAGCAAAUGUAGUGUGUACUCAUUUAUAGUCAUCUUGGUUUUCAUUUGAAGCAUAUUUUGUUACAAUUGCAAAGACAUUGCCCACUUUUUAGCCUAUUUAAAGUUAUAGAGAUGGAUAGAAAUCGAUGGAUUGUGUGUUUAACGGAGGUCUUCUGUGUAUAAAGCGAAAAGUGGAAGGACAAAACAAAGCAUGUAACGAUGCACUUGGCUUUUCAAGUGGUGUGAGGCAGUCGGUAAAUAGGCCUAACAAGCCUUAGUGUGACUAGUAACAAUGGCUACUACGAAGGAUCUCACAAACUUAGCCUUAAGAUACUUCUGGGAAACUGGGCCAUGGUCAUGGAGAAAGAGGGUUGGUCUCCUAGGAGACACACUGACAAGGCUGGGAGUGCCUGUAGCUCAGGUUAAUUGGAGAAUCUCAGAAUAUGGUUGAUCGGAUUCUGCUCCUAGUUGCUUGGAUACUAUGUUUUUCCCAUCCCCCUCGUGUUAAAGUACUAGGUCCAAUGCUGUGUGUCAGGUCCCUAACCAGCAUUAAAAUCAUAAGGAACUUGGAGUUUUCCGGUCUUUGGCAGUGUGCAUAGUACACAAGUAAUGAUAUUCAUGUCAGAUUUGUAAUGAUCAACACUAGUGUCAACUCAUUGAGUGAGACCUGACAGUUAGUGGAAUGUGAGUGAAACCUAGAUUGGGUUAGGUUAUGGGUUGGAAAGACAUGCAUUCAACAGUUUGGUUACUGAAGCAUAAGGAGAGGCACACAGGGAUGUGAACGCUACAAUAAAACAGUAUGGAUUGUCUUAUUGCUUUAAGUAAUGCUUUACCCUAAACUGGUCAAUUUAAUUUGAAAAUUAAUUCAUAAAAAUAAACUGCUCAUUCUUUAUUGUUUGAGAUAUGCAGCAUAAACACCUUUCCCGCUGACAUAUUGCGCAUAUCCCAUCUUAGUCCUGUAAUGUAUUCCUAAUACUUGUGUAUUUCCCCUCAUGGUUCUCUUUCAUAUUAAGUCAAUAAACUUUUUUUUUUAAAGUUA